CCGUGUGGAAAACGCGACUCGGUUCGACUUUACUCCUAGUGAGUACUGAGAGUACUUGGAGUGAUUAGCGGCAUUGUCAGUGCUACCUGAAACUGCAUGUGACUGAAAAUCGAAAUGGUUUUGAGAAGGAAUAGUAAGCUGCUCGGGCUUCUGAUUUGGUUAAUAAAUCCAGCAAGCCCGGCCUCUGGCGAAGGCAGAUCAAAACUGACCACAAAUACAUCUUAUGAGGGGAACUCCAACCCUAACAGUUUUGCAUCUGUAUUUUCACCUCGGAUGGACUUUGAUCAAUGGAAGCCGUUGACUGGACGCGGAGAUCCUCUCCGCAACGAUCCCACUUAUGACUAUGAACCACCCGUUUUAGAAAAAGUUCAUUACUGGGCAGAUGAUAGCCGCAUCCAAAGAGAGGAAGAACGCAAGUCCGAAGUUUUAGUGCUCGGCGUUUCUUCUCGGAAACCAAGUGUUACCUCCAAAGCCCCGAUACCACCAAGAAGACAUUCUAGACCACCUAUGUUUCCAUCAAAAUAUGAAGAUUUCGCUUAUAAGUUUGGAAAUAAUUUCCCGAUGACUAUUCUAGUACCGCCACCACCACCUCCACCUGGCCAUAAUCCGUCUUUAUUUAUUCUAUCUCAAGAAAAACUACCGAUGCCCACGCCUUCAAAAUUACCGAUUGCUGCUGCGACUACCAUUACAAGAGAUACUACAACAAUUCCGGAACAAAUGCUUACAUCUUAUGAUCUACAAGAAGCUAAUCUUGUAUAUCAAGCUUCAACAACCAAACAGAAUUGGUUCCACGACUAUAAUAAUAAUAAUAAAACUACGAGUUUCCCAAAUAAUACCGUAAGUAGCGAUUAUGCAGGUUGGGGCCCAACGACACCGUUUGAAGACGUUAAUGAUACACAUAACCUAAUAUCUUAUAAGGAUCACCAAAAUAUCGAAUUCACCAAGGAACCUCUUUUUUAUUAUAAGCCUGUGCUUUCGGAGGCCCCUCCUCCCCCUCGCGCACCUACAAGUCCAUUAAUAAAGCCAACAUUUUUACCAACUGCAUUACCUCCAACUAUUAGCUAUACGGAGGAGACAUGGCCGUCUAGAGAAACAAUUCCAGAAACAACAACGGAAACUACAACCUAUUUCACAGAAACAACAACCGAAAAACACUUCACAGAAUCUUCACAUUCUACUCCAAAACCACUGCUUAAACCAAAACCAAAUAUCAUUGAUAUGUUGGGUCCAAUGAUAUCAAUGCCCAUGGUGACAGCUCCGGAUAGACCAGAAGACAAUUUAUAUGCUCAUGCAUCUGACACUAUACAGAUAUUCAAGGAACCCUCAACUGUAGAUGUAGCGAAUUUAGAAAUUAUGCAAACAAUGCAACCUCCCCCUCCAGUUAAAUUUUCAGAAAAUACCACGCCGCAACUUAUCGAACGAUUUAAUAUAAAUCCACAUAUUUUAAAUAAUAUAUUCCACGAAAAACCUGUAACUCAUACGCACGACCCUUAUUUUCAUAUGCGUUUCACUACUCCAAUGUCUGUUACUGUCGCUCCGUCUCAAGAUAGUCGGUCUACAACUGAAACACAAUCCUUACCUACCUACUUAAUCAUACAAGGACAUUCCAAAGUGAAAACAUAUGGAUCUAAACCAAAAGUGAGCGGCACUGUAUCUAACGAAAUUCCUCAUCCUAAUGAAACAACUGAAGUUAAGCACUUACAUCCACUUAAGGACAAAUAUUCAAAAAAAUCAAAUAAAACAGAUAAGAAUAGAGAGGGCCGAACACAAAAUUUAAAAUCAUUGAUAGAUGCAGGUUUUGGCUCAAUAGAAAUACAGGAGGCUGAUGUAGGUAUAAAAUACGAUGUGAGUGAUGGAAGUGAAGUACCGGUAGAAAUAUACAGAAAAGGUAUAGUUGACAACGAUGAAAAUGAUUACUCAAAAUCCCAUAAUAAAGACAACCGUGAUAAGAGGCAAAUAGAUCUUGAAACCAUGUUACCUUUUGAUGAGGAUUCCUUAGAAAAACUCGUUUUAAAUUUUUUCGAUAAUAAGAAGAAUGAAACUGGUGUAACCCGGGUAAUAGCCCAAGCCAUAACCGACGAUACAGAGUCUACUGAAGACGGCUAUGAUCAAGAAGGCGAUACAAAUAGAUAAAAGUUGCAUUUACUCGGACAAUAGCCAAUUUACAACAAUAUUAGGGCAAAUCCCCAAUUUUUUUGUUGUCUUUACGUUUUUAUUGGUGGUGUCGGAUAUAAAAAUGUAGAGACAAUCAAACAUUUUUAAUUACAUUACGAGAAGCCUUUAUGCUAUAUAAGUACUUAAUGAAUUAUCAGCAUAUAUUUUUGCAAUAAUCGGGUGCAUUUCCAAAUAUUAUUUCAAGUAGGUACCUAUUUACCUAGAGUUGAGAUUAUACCAGCUAAUACCGAUUUAAGUAGGUAGGUAUAAUAAAAUUAAUUAGCCAUCCAUACUACUAUGUCCAACAAACAAAUAUUUAGCUAUGAAGCUCCUUAUUAUGACAAUAAUGCAAUUUAAGCAUUACUUAUUUAUAUUUUUAUAUAUUUACCUACUUAAGUUCAGUAGGUAUGUAAAACAUUCCCACCGUUAUAAAAUGUCUCCAAUGGAUAUUAUUAUUUUGAGUAAGAAAAUUCAUUCAUAAAAUAUUAUCUUAAUGUAAGUUGUAGGUAUAGUGAGUAGGUACAAUUAUUAUCAAAAGUUAAAACGUAAAUAGGUAAAUACUUACUCGUACAAUUUAGUAGGUAUGCCUACGAUUGAGAAAUCACAAUUUUCAUAAUGUUAUUAAUUGUACUAUCCCGUAUAAUUAUGUAUAAACCUUGUUAAAUACAUAGUUCCUUAGGCCUCAUUUACAUAAGAGCUUUUUUAACGUCUAUUAAAAAAGCGUCCAAAU